UCCCUCUGAGCACAGAGGAGGGGGAGGCGCACAUGCAUUGAGAGAAACACACUCACACACAUAUACUAGUAGCGGCCACAUUUUCACAGCCUGCUCUUCAGACUGACAGCAGCAAACGGAGUUGAGAGCCAGCACGACGGAGCGAGGGAAGAAGAGAAAGAGGAUUGGAAACAAGGGAGGCAUCCAGAGUGGAGGGGACAGGAGAGGAGACUACACAGGAUUUUUUACACCUUUUUUUUUCUCUAUUAGCUCUCUGGGAGCCAUAAAAGGAUUCUCCUCUGCACUCUUCUUGAACUGAACUUGCUCUGCACCUUGCUAUGGCAACCCUGGUGAGCCUUGGGAACACUGUCUCCCUCUCCUCUUGUUCCUCUCAUCCGUGGACUGCCCUCCUCUGGGCUCUGUUGACCCUUUUAAGCCAAGUGUGGGGCUUUAACCUGGAUACAACUCACACACUGCAUAAGUUGGGAGACCGUGGCACCUUUUUUGGUUUCUCUCUAGCACUUCACCAACAGCUCACCCCAGAGCCUCAGAGCUGGAUCCUUGUGGGGGCACCGCAGGCAGCAGGACAGGGCCUGUUGCGGGGCAGUCGACCAGGAGCUUUGUUCAAGUGUCCAAUCACGCCAGAGGAGUACGACUGUGAGAGGGUGGAUAUUGAUGGAGAAGUGAGUCUGGACAGAGAGAGCAAAGACAACCAGUGGCUGGGAGUCACUGUCAAGAGUCAGGGGAUUGGAGGGAAGGUGGUGACCUGCGCUCACCUGUAUGAGCUCAGGCAACGUGUAAGUCAACCUUCAGAGACUCGUGACCCCAUUGGACGCUGCUACGUUCUGAGUGAGGACCUGACAGAGCGAGAUGACCUGGACGGAGGGGAGUGGAAGUUCUGUGAGGGCCGACCACAGGGGCACGAGCAGUUUGGCUUCUGUCAGCAGGGCCUGUCUGUCAGUUUCACCCCAGACAACAACUUCAUUCUGUUUGGGGCUCCGGGAACAUACAACUGGAAAGGUGAGAUGCGCGUCCAGCUCCUAAACCAGACUCUGCUUGACCUCGGUUUCUAUGACGACGGACCGUACGAGGUGGCAGAUCAGAAACAACUUAAUGCCCAGCUCAUCCCUGUGCCCUACCACAGUUACCUGGGGUUUUCUGUGGACUCGGCCAUGGGGAUAAUGAGCCUCGGGGAACUGACCUUUGUGGCGGGAGCACCUCGGGCCAAUCACACAGGGGCAGUGGUGCUGCUGAGGAAGGACAACGUGUACCGGCUGGUGCCACAGCACAUUUUCUGGGGGGAGGAGCUGGCGUCUUCAUUUGGGUACUCGGUAGCUACGACAGAUCUAAACAGGGAUGGCUGGACAGAUCUGAUUGUUGGAGCUCCUAAUUUCUUUGACCGUAAGGCAGAGAUUGGUGGAGCUGUUUAUGUGUACCUAAACCCCUUCGGUCACUGGGAUGAUCAGGCUCGGCCCAUCCGGCUCAACGGGACCUACGACUCCAUGUUUGGAAUGACAGUCAGCAACAUCGGAGACCUGGACCAGGACGGAUACGGAGAUAUUGCUGUGGGGGCACCAUUUGAUGGAGAUGGCAAAGUUUUCAUCUACAGAGGCUCAGAUGCUGGAAUUGAAACAAAACCUGCUCAGGUGCUGGAUGGUCGUGACUUUGAUGUCAGACGCUUUGGAUACUCCAUCUCAGGUGGUUUGGAUAUUGAUAAUAACCAGUAUCCAGAUAUUGCAGUUGGCUCUCUUAAUGACUCAGUGGUUCUCUUCAGGUCUCAUCCAGUCAUCCAUGUGAUCAGAGAAAUAUCUAUCGACCCUCAAUACAUUGAUCUGGAGCAGUACAACUGCAAGGGCAGAGAAGGAGUCUGCGUGGAGGUCAAAGCCUGCUUCACCUUCACAGCCCACCCAGAACACUACUCACCACACAUUACCCUGGUGGUGCAUUUUGAAGCCGACACCGAGCGCAGGAAGUUGGGCCUCCCGCACCGCGUUAACUUCUUGGGCCGCAGUUCCCUGGAUCCGGAGUACACUCAGACAGAGGAAGUAGAGCUGCAUCGGCAGCGUCAUCCUGUGUGCGCCACUGCUGUCUUCCAGCUCCAUGAGAACAUCCGUGACAAACUGCGUCCCAUCUCAUUGGCGAUAACCCACACUAUCAAGCCUGUGCCACCACGCAGACACUCAGGUGCCAAGAGGCUGGAGAAGCUGGCGCCUGUACUGAGUGUUUCCCCCUCUAAUACAUUGCACUCUGAGGUGAACUUCCUGCGAGAAGGAUGUGGCAGCGACAAAAUCUGCCAGAGCAACUUGAAGCUGAGCUACCAGUUUGGAACACGACCUCUGACCUCUGACCUCUUCACCCCUCUGCAAAAAGAUGAGGAUGACGUGCAGGUGUUCUCCCUGUCAGAACAGCGGUUGGUGGUGCUGGAGCUCAUCGUCACCAACAUGCCCUCUGACCCCCUGCACCCUGAGGAGGACGGAGAUGACGCCCACGCUGCUCAGCUGCUUGUCUCCCUUCCAAACACUCUGUCGUAUGCCGGCUCCAGGAUCCCACCACAGAUGAGAUGCCAAGCGAACCAGAAUGGCUCCCAAGUUGAGUGUGACCUGGGAAACCCUGUGAAACGAAACACUAAGCUGAAAUUCUCCAUCAACUUGAGCACAUCUAACAUCACAAUCGAGACCACUGAGUUGACAGCAGAUCUCUUACUGACAACUAUCAGCGAGCAGCCUGACCUGGCACCAGUCACAGCUUUUGCUAAAGUUGUGAUAGAGCUCCCUCUGUCUGUCAGUGGACUUGCUCGUCCUCACCAGCUGUUCUUCAGCGGGACAGUGAAGGGAGAAAGUGCCAUGACCAGUCUGGAGGACAUCGGCAGCCCUGUGGAUUUUGAGUUUGUGGUCGCUAAUCCCGGGCAAGCUCUGAAGACGCUCGGCUCGGCCUUCCUCAACAUCAUGUGGCCUUACGAGCUGGCCAAUGGGAAAUGGCUCCUGUAUCCUGCCAGCUGGAAGUUUGAGGGUCACCCAGACACACACUGCUCCCCAACAGGGGCGUUGAAUCCUCUGAAGCUAGACAGCUCCUCACCUGCAGAACUUCCACAGGCUGGGCGAACGCGCCGCUCCCACCCAGAGGAGGAAGGUCAAGUGAUGACAAAAGCCAGCAUCGGACGAACCACCCCAGCUGUGGCAGCUUCAGAGAGACGCAAGUCGCUCAAUCUGGAUUGUCUCUUGGGGUCGGCACGCUGUGUCCUGUUCCAGUGUCCCCUCCACAGCUUCUCUGGUCAGGCUGUACUCAAGAUCCACGCCAGGCUGUGGAACAGCAGUUUCAAAGAGGAGUUUCCAGCAGUCAGUGCUCUGGAGCUGCUGGUCAGAGCCAACAUCACUGUGAAGUCCAGCAUCAAACAUCUGGUCCUCAAGGACGCCGCUGCACAGGUUCCAGUGAUGAUCUAUCCUGAGCCUGGUCUCGCUGACCAGUACUGGAUCCCCUGGUGGAUCAUCCUCAUAGCCGUCCUGGCAGGCAUCCUGCUGCUGACUCUACUGGUCUGCAUACUGUGGAAGUGUGGCUUCUUCCAACGGGCCCACUACAAAGACAAAUUGCCUCAGUACCACGCGGUGAAGAUUCCUCGCGAGGACCGGCCACAGUUCCAGACUGAGAAGUCAGGAGUUGUCCAUAAAAAGGAAUGGGCCACGCACUGGAGUGACGGGACCUCGUAAUUUGCUUUGAAGCACUGACUGACUGAAUUAAUUCAAAUCACCAUGUGUGGCACUCAUUCUGUCUUUGCAUUGGAACUAACGGACUAAAAAAGUGCACAUAGACUGAGAUCAUGACAUCUUGUGCACACUGUACUGUGUCAGUACUUACAUAUUGGUGGCCUGUUACACUGUGACUGGAUCUAUAUUCUCCCAUGCUGUAGCCCACUGAUGGCUGGCCUCGGAUAGUCUAUUUAUACUGUGCAUCUAUAUUAGUGUUUUACAGUAAGUACUGAAGGCCAGCAACAAUAUUAGAACCAGUCUGGCUGCUCAAUAUGUAUUACAGCCUGCAGAAGGAGCGUUGACGCUCACAUGGACUUCAUUGUCUGUCAUCAGUUUUGACUGGCAGAACAAAGGAGGACAGAAAAUCACAACUCAAAGAUAUGCAUGAAUGCACAAACAUACAGUGUAAUAUUAGAUGCGUACAGACACACUGGACAUUGUUGAUUAUGAAGCCACUGCCUGUGACAAAGACUACUUUUUGCCGUAACUACUGUUAGACUGAUGACUGAUAAGGGCAAUGACAAAAAUGCAUUUGUUUUUUAUAUAAAUGAUGUUUUGGGAUUUUAUUUUAGUUAGCACUGGUAAACAUUGGGGAAAAGUCAGUAUGUAAGAUAUCAGUAAAGUAAGAUGUUGUGGAACACUGAAUGUGUUGUCUGGGCUUGCUGAUUGCUCUGAACAAGCUGAAAAAGCCAUUAAAUAAGUUCACCUGAUGGUUUUUUGUAUAUCCUUAUUCAGGGAUAAGAAUGCCUUCUAAAAAAGGAGACUUUUCUGUGUCAAUAUUAUUUUCAUUUUUUGUUAAUAUGUCAGUCAAAUGUACUGUACAUCAAUAGUUGAUUGCCUGAGUGAACUUGAAUAAGAACAAGAAAACCACAAUAUAGCUUAUGACAGUCAUGGCCAUAGCACUGUUAUCUCAUGAAAACCAAAUAUAUCAGAAAAGUGAAGCAAUAUUUAAAAUAUGGUCUGCCCAUUUGCAGUGUAAGCAUUUACAUUUCUGAACACAACAUUGAUUUUUGAAUGGAUGUCCAGCAUCAUAAGGGCAUACAUUUUCCCAGUGUAUAAAAGGAUUGUGUGUGAAAACAUGGUCUCAAAUUAAAACCUAUAUUACUGACUGAAGCAGAUACAUGUAGAUUAUGAAUAUUUUCAAGCAACACCACCUUUUCUUUUUUUUACUGAGAUGUAAAAAUAUUUCACCAGGAGACAUCAUGACCUUUGUAUAAAUAGUUUUGAAACUUUUUAGUUGGGUUAUAUUAGUGUAACCUGCCUGUCGCACUGUUCCUGGUAAUGUAUCCCAGUCAUACUAGCCAGUGUAAGAUAGUAUAUUAAAUUCAGUACUGACAUUUGUAACUGCAUACAAGUGCCUUAUGGUAAAAGUAGCAGAUUGUGAGCUUCUUCCGGUAAAGAACAGAAGGCAACUUACAAAUUAGAUCAGGCUGAAGCAUCUGUUGGACACUUGUGGACAAAUAAACAUACCUCCAACACUUAAACAACAUGGAGAGGAGAGAACAUUUCUAGAAAACAGAAUAUGUCGGCAAGGAACCAGAGAAACUUUCUUUGGAUCUAAUUUGGAUCGUGGCUGUAUGAAGAGUCAGCUUGUUGUUGGUUUUUUUUUUUGGUAUUGCUGGACAAUCUUCUAUUAGCUGCAUGAAGCUCCUGUUGCUGUUCUGACGUUCCCCCAUUUUUUCUCCCGUUGUCAUGACUCAGUGUUUUAUUUAUUUUAUGUUUGGCUGCACUGUUUCAACAUUGUAAACUAAAUAAACCCAUCAGAUAACAGAA